GAAUCAAUCCUCUGGGGCACUUGGGCGCCGCGCUUUCAUCUUCGAUUCGGUUGAAGCUGGGCCUGGAUCACGGCGGGCCUGGAUCAGGGCUGGACAGGUUGAUAAGGUUGAUUUUGAAACACGUCCCACUGAACUACAAGUUGAGACUGUUCAUGUUGAAACCCGUCCGACCGAACGACAAGUUGAGACGGUUGAUGUUGAAACGCGUCGCACCGAACGACAAGUUGAAAAUGUUGAUGCUGAAACGCGCCCCUCUGAACGGCAAGUUGGGAAUGUUGAUGUUGAAACAUGUCCCACCGAAUGACAAAUUGAAAAUUUUCAUGUUGAAACGUGUCGCGCUGAAGGACACGUUGAACAGGUUGACGUUCAAACGCGUCCCACUGAACGACAAGUUGAGACGGUUGAUGUUGAAACGCGUCCCACCGAACGACAAAUUGAACAUGUUGAUGUUGAAACGCGCCCCUCCGAACGGCAAGUUGAGAAUGUUGAUGUUGAAACACGUCCCACCGGAUGACAAAUUGCAAAUUUUCAUGUUGAAACGUGUCGCGCUGAACGACACGUUGUUGAACAUGUUCAUGUUGAAACGCGUCCCACUGAACGACAAAUUGAGAAAAUUGAUGUUGAAACGCGUCCCACGGCAUGACAAGUUGAAAAUCUUCAUGUUGAAACGCGCCUCACCGAACGGCAAGUUGAACAUGUUGAUGUUGAAACGCGUCCCACCGAAUGAGGAGUUGAAAAUUGCCAUGUUGAAACGCGGCGCACUGAACGACCAAUUAAAAAGGUUGAACAUGUUGAUCCUGAAACGCGCCCCACUGAAGAACGAACUGAAAAUUUGCAUGUUGAAACGCGUCGCACUGCACGACAAGUUGAGACGGUUGAUGUUGAAACGCGUCCCACUGAACGACAGGUUGACAAUGUUCACAUUGAAACGCGUCCCGCGGAACGACGGCGAAGCAGUUGAGAUGUGCGAAGUCAUUCCAUACCGAAAGAAAAGAAAGGCUUCUGCAGAGCGAGUGCAGUUAGGUCAUGCGCAUGAGGCUGUUCACCAACGCUUGAAGAGUUUUGAGGAUUGUGCUACAGGAGUUCACCAUGCCGAUCGCGUUCUGCAAGCGCACGCUAUCUUGUGGAGAGCAAGUCAGCAAACAGAAGCCAAGGCGGAUCUCAAGGGUAUCAACAGGCAGCGCAUUGUUCGCGCGGGCCUCAACUCAAAAAAGAAAGUAUGUUCCUCCACCGUGGUGUUUGAUCAGAUGGCUUCCUCUGCUGUGAGUACCAAGCUGAACCACCUGCGAGCUGAUGUGGUGGGCAAAGUGGUUCUUGAGCUUCGGAUCUUUGGGCCGACAGUGAUGACCAACUUGCCCGGCAGGAGCGGCACCACCUGGUCCAAAUGCCAGUGCACUGCGCUGGAUGGAUCAGGGCAGACGGCCCUCCUUCGAAGGAGCUUCUUUGGCAAUGACCAGGGUGAUCAACUCAAGGCUUGGAAUGCCCAGUACAUGGAUGGCAGUGUGUUCAGUUUCAAAGGCUUGAAGGGAGCGAAGGCAGACAAGCGCUUCUCCAGCUGUACGUCCCCUGUUGAACUCGAGGUGACGGACAAGACAGUGAUCACGCCGGCGGAAUCCAGCAACAUUCCUUGGAGGCCUGCAAUUUCUUUUGGCAUUGCCGAAGUGCUGGCGAAGGAUUCCGAUGGUCGUGUAGAUUUGCUUGGAGUCUGCACCAAUGUCACCCCUUUGGAACAGAAGACUUGCAAAAACAAGCUUGGCGGUGAGUUCCAACGCUCUUUGUGCAAAGUCACUUUGCUGGAUGACAGUGCUACUGACUGUGUGCUGACCUGCUGGGGAGAAUGUGCAGAAGCACUUGUGGCAAAGGUGAGGCCGAAAAGCGUGGUGGCUUUCUACAGAGUUCGUUUGCAAGUUCAUUCUGGCGGCGGCAAGUCAUUGUCGAUCAGUGAGGACUCCUACUACAUUGUCUUAGACAAGCCCGAUAACAUCAGUGCCCGGGAGGACAAUGUGAUCUAUAAGGCUCAGACGUUCUUGGAUGCUGGUGCUUCGCAGACGGCCACAUCAUAUGAAGGUGGUGCUGAUGUGAGUGGAACCUUGAGAGUGGUGCCAGUUCGGGCUUUGGCUUUGGCAGCUGGUUUGACCAGACAGUUUGAGGACGCUGCUUGGCAAGUUGAUGUGGCCACUUGGGAGCUUGAAGGUGUCGAGGAUGCAGACCAGCUAUGCAACCGGCAGGGAAAAUUGUGGGCCAAGGUGGUUUUGAGAGAUCCAAGUGGGGAGGCACGCCUAUUCGCUCCCGAAGAGGCGUUGCUGGGCUUGACUUCAUGCAAUGAUCGUGAUGAGUUCUUGAAGUUGUUCAAGGAGGAUGCCUUAACCAAGAAGCGGGCGCAGUGUCGUGUUCACCGUAGCCUGCGAGAUGGGUACGCCAACUUACACAUGUUGCAGGGUGUUCCCAUCUUUACUCUGUCCACCCCGGCUCAGAAAAUGUACGAAGAUGCAGCUUUUUCUGAUGCCUCGUCCUGUGUGCCCGCGACCUUGAGCAGUCUGUCGCCCAAUUCUUGCGGAGGUGGCCUGAAGAUCAAUGUCAUGUCUCGAAGCUUU